AUGGUUGGGUUGAAACAUCUUCUUGUGGCUUCUGGCUACAUUGCCUCGUCGUUGGCUGUUGAUAUCGUGGUUAGCUCUGCUGGUGGCAAUGUAACUGGAGCUAAGGGACACCCUUAUGGAUAUGGCUUCCUUCACGAGGACAUCAAUAACAGCGGAGAUGGCGGUAUCUACGCAGAGCUCAUCCGCAAUAGAGCUUUCCAGGCCACAGGAAACUACACAGUUUUGUUGGAUGGGUAUUUUCCCGUAAACAAUGCCAAUUUGAGUAUCCAGUCUCUGGAAACACCGCUCUCCGAUGCCCUCCCAAAUUCAAUACGAGUUGCAGCAGGAAACGGGACGGGCGCCGUUGGCUUCAAGAAUGACGGCUACUGGGGCAUGAGUGUCAAGCAACAGAAGUACACGGGAUCCUUCUGGGUUCGUGGUGCUUACACCGGCCAAUUCACUGCAUCUCUCCAAUCAAACUUGACACAAGACGUCUUUGGAUCCGUUCAGAUCGCAUCCAAAGCCGUUGCCGACGAUUGGAUAGAGCAUGAGUUCGAGCUCGUCCCAGAACGAGAUGCUCCAAAUUCAAACAACACCUUCACGUUGACCUUCGAUCCCACUCUUGCAUCGACUGGAUUCCUUGAUUUCAACCUCAUUAGUUUAUUCCCGCCGACCUACAAAAAUCGCAAGAACGGGUUGAGAAUUGACAUCGCCGAGGCUCUCGAAGAGAUCAAUCCGACAUUCAUUCGUUUCCCGGGUGGCAACAUGCUUGAAGGAGCUACGAAUGAAACUUGGUGGGAUUGGAAAGACUCAAUCGGUCCCCUCCGAUAUAGACCAGGCUUCGCCGGUGUAUGGGAUUAUCAACAGACUCACGGUUUAGGAUUGAUGGAAUACCUCGAAUGGGCGGAGGACAUGGGCUGCCACAUCAUCCUUGGUGUCUGGGCGGGACUCGCGCUAAAUGGCGACACCACACCUCAACGAGAUUUACAAUUCUUCAUCGACGAUGCUCUAAACCAGAUCGAAUUCAUCCGCGGGCCAGUCAACUCGACAUGGGGCGCCCGGCGUGCCGAGUUGGGCCACCCAGAACCAUUUGAGCUGGAGUAUGUCGAGGUCGGCAAUGAAGAUUGGCUAGCAGGAUAUCCCGGAGGUUGGGCCAGCUACAGAGCCUACCGCUUCCCCAUGUUCUACAACGCUUUGACCGAAGCAUAUCCGGAUAUCCAAGUCAUAUCAUCGAGCGCCUCCUCUGACCCAGGCGCAGGUGCAACACCUGGAGAAUUCCAAUACCAAGAUAACAAUGAGGGACUCGUCUUCCCUCUAGGCGCUAUUGGAGACUAUCACCCAUAUCGUGAGCCCGAUGAAUUGGUCGAGGAGUUCAAUCGGUUCGAUAACGAUAUCGGACACAUCGUCGGCGAAGUUGCGGCCUCGCAUCCCAAUGGUGGUACCCGCUGGGAUGGUGGUCUAUACGCAUUCCCAUGGUGGAUUGGUGCAGUGGGCGAAGCAGUCUCCCUAAUAGGUUACGAGCGCAACUCGGAUCGCAUCCCCGCCACAUUCUACGCCCCUGUAAUUCGCAACACCAACCGCUGGCAGUGGGCCGUGACACUCCUUCAGAAUGACGCCAGUACGACGACGCGCUCAGUCAGCUGGUAUGUCUGGUCUCUGCUCGCUCAUCACCCAAUCACGCACACUUUACCUGCGACGGCGGAUUUCGGUCCACUCURCUAUGGCGCUGGUAAGGAUGAAUCAAGAAAUGCCAUGGUGUGGAAGGGCGCGGUCUUCAAUACCACGGAUAGUCAGGAUGUUCCGGUGUCUGUCAAAUUUGAGGGCGUUCAACCUGGUACACAAGCCGCUCUGACUGUCCUGACUAACCCCGGUGGCGACCCGUAUGCUGUCAAUGAUCCUGCGACGGGCAUCAAUGYGGUGGACAUCAACACCCAGAUCAUUACUGCGAGCGGAGAAGGCUCGUUUGAAUUUAGCAUGCCAGAAUUGAGCGUGGGAGUUCUGGACACGGAUGUUGAUGCCAAACAGAUCGGGCACAGUGGGACUGGGACGGCGCCGGCAUACAGUCCAGUGAAGAGAAGAGCAUCGGGAAGAGCGUUCGAGUUCAGAAGCUAG